GCCGGCAGGGAGGAGGAAGGGGAGGGACGGGCAGGCCAGGCAGGCUACAUCUCCAGCUGAACAGUUGCUGCCUCUCAGCUGCCCUCCUGGAUCCUCUGGCAGAGAGAGAGAGGACCAGGCAGGCCAACCACUGCUCCACCACCGCCCUCCAGGUCUCCCUUCGUGGCGAUCCAGCCGGGCAGCCCUUCGCCAAGCAGGUUAGCUGACGAAGCUGCAAAGGAGAUCCAUUUCCCUUCUCCCACCUACUGAGCUCAGUCCCGAACUUGAGACGACACAAUGCUGCUGCUGCUGCUGCCCCAAAUCCUGGCCCUGGUGGCCCUGGGCAUUGUGCAACUGCCCCUUAGCAGCACCCAGGGCUGCAUGAGCAAACUGCAGGCGGCCAACACGAUCCGGCAGCUGCAGAAACUUCUGUCCUCGCACGAGGCGGCCCAGCUGCAGAGCCUGCGCAACCUCAAGAAGCACCUGACCGUGCUGCACGGGAGCCUCCAGAAGCAGGCCGCCAAACGCAAUGAGAGCUGUACUCUCCCGCCAGCGCCCCUGAAUGGCAGGAGGCUGGGCAAGAAGACGGCCGUGGGCCACGAGGUGCACUUCGUCUGCUCUCUCGGCUUCCUGCUGGUGGGCUCCGAGACGCGGACCUGCCUGGACAACCACACCUGGAGCGGACAGCAGCCUUCCUGCAAAAACAUCAAUGAUUGUGCCAGUAACCCCUGUGCCAAUGGCGGGACCUGUGUGGACGGCACCCACCGCUACAGCUGCUUGUGCCCGACUGGCUGGACAGGCAGCACCUGCCAGGUUCCCCUGUAUUCCUAUUGGGUGACGCUCAGCAGCAACUCGUCCUUCAGCCGCCAGGCCCGCUGUGCCGAAGACCCCCUGGGAACACGCCGGUGCAGCUGUGACGCCGGCUUCCAGAUGCGAGCAGGAGGCGUCUGCCAAGAUGUGGACGAGUGCCAGCUCUUCCCGGCCAGCCGCCACUCUCGCAUCUGCACCCACGAGUGUGUGAACCUGCCGGGGUCCUAUCGAUGCACCUGCCCGGGGGGCUACCUGCUGGAGGCAGACAAGAACACCUGCAGCGAUGUGAAUGAGUGUGCCGAGAACCAACACAACUGCAGCCGCGGACAGACCUGCAUCAACGUCUUUGGCGGCUUCCGCUGCGUGCGGCCCGAGUGCCCCGAAGCCCAGCUGAACACCAGCUACGUCAAGACGUCCCCCUUCCAGUGUGAGCGCAGCCCGUGCCCCAUGGACAGCCGGGCCUGCCAGCGAGCCGCCAACUCCGUCUCCUUCCACUUCCUGCCGCUGCCGUCCAACCGCUCGGUGCCUCGCGUCCUCUUCCAGAUGUCCACCAGCCGCUUUGUGGGUGACAGCUUGCGCUUUGCCAUCUUGGGGGGCAACGCCCAGGGGAAGCUGGUGGUGCAGCGCUCGGACCGGCACACCGGGGAGCUGGUGCUCACCCGGCCGGCCAUGGGGCCCGCCACGCUCGAGGCGGAGCUGGAGAUGAGCGAAUUUGCGCAGAAGGUCCUGCUGGGGAAGCACAUCUUCAAGGUCACCCUCUUUGUGUCCCAGUAUGAAUUCUGAGGCCCAGCAGAGCACCUGGAGGAACGGUCGCCCGCGGACCUGACGGCCCCCACUCCUCCUGGCUGUGGGUCUGGGCAGGUGCCCCCCAGAUGGUGCUCCGAGGCACACCGACCAAAAGGGACCCCCAAAGCGUGCCUUGGAGCAUUGAAGCCACCCCAUCGGCUGCAUUCACCCUAUGCCAGAAGAACCCACGUAGUACGGACCCCCCCCCCGCUUCCAAUCGCCAUCGUCUUGGAAGGAGGGCACACUAGGGGACCCUGUGGCAGCCCAGCCCGCGGCUGACAGAAGUGGGGGAAGCCUAGAAGCAUCACUGCUACCCCAAAGGGAAUGGAUGGCCCGUCUUUGAACCAUGAAUGGAGAGGAUCGAGACUGGGCCAGUAGUCAGCCGCCGAGAUUCUGCUUUGCAUGCAGAAGGUCCCAAGUUUUCUCCCUGGCAGCAUCUUUAGGCAGGGCUGGGAGAGACCCCUGCCUAAAUUUCUGGAGAGCUGCUGCCAGUCAGUGCAGACAACACUGAGCUCAAUGGACCAAGGCCAGCAGAAGCAGCUUCAUAUGUUUGUAGUAUUUGAGGCUGGGGCUGUAGCUCAUGAUAGAGCACACACUUUGCAUGUAGAGAAAUCUCGGGUUCAGACUCUGGCAGCAUCUCCAGGUAAGGAUGGGGAAGGACCCUCAGGGAAAUCCAGCAGGGCUGCUGCCCGCCAGAGUAGGAAAUACUGAGCUAGAUUGACCAAGGGUCUGACUCAGCAGAAAGCCGAUCCAUAUAUAUUAGUGCUGUUCACAGAGGUGGGGUUCCAGGAGGCAGUAUUAACUGGGCGUUGAUGCCAUUGCAAGACCAGUCCUUAGCCCAAGAGAAAAUGUGUCUCUUUCAUUUUUAAGAGCUGAGUGAAGUACCCCUCCAGUAUUAAAUCCUGUGCCUCAGAUACUAAGGAAGCUGAGAGCAUGGCAGCGCCAGAAAACUCCCCUCUUUCGUUGCACUGCCCCCAAGCAAAAGAUGAAUGCCAGAGUCGACGAGCUGAAAGGGGGGGAAAGCACAUUAAUCUUUGUGAUGCCAGAAAAGAGAGACAUGAGCAGGAACCCCUUGAAUUCCAGAGAGGGGCCUGGGUGCUUUGUAACAGGGAUGGCCAACAUGAGGCUCCCCAGCGGUUGUUGGACUAUAACUCCCAUCACCCCCUGCUGCAUGCAUCAGGGAUGAUGGGAGUUGUAGUCCAACACAACUGGUGAGCCUCAGGCGAUCCAUCCCUGCUGUAUAAGAUGCAGGUCUCGUCCUGAGCUUUCAAACAUGACAAAGCUAGUUCCUUCCAACUACUAAAAAGGGGUUUAGUCCUUCCCUAAAUACAUUUUUAAAAACAGUGGCAGAGCAUCUGCUUUGCAUGCAGAAGGUCCCGGGUUCCCUCCCUGGUGGCAGCUCCAGGAAGGGCUGGGAGGGACUCCCGCCUGCAACCUUGGAGUAGCCACUGCCAGUCUGGGCAGACAAUCCUGAGCUAGAUGGACCCAGGGUCUGACUCGGUAGGAAGCAGCUUCCUAGGUGAUGUUCCAAGCCUUCAGGAGCUGGAAUCCUCACUAAGCAGGCAGAGACAUGGGAUCAGGUUAUUCUGUCCCCUUGUUCCAGGCACCACCACCAGCAGGGAGGGACCCCCCUCAGGCUCCUAGUUGCACAAUUGCUGGGUUUGCCAAAGACACUUGCCCCGACUGCUUUACAAAGAGGUUUGCGUGUUCUGGCUUGAUACAAGGAAAACUGAAAGGGCAACGUAUUGUUAAAAAGAGCCACUUUGCUAAGCUGAUGCCAGUCAUUAAAACGUGACUUUCAACUAGG